AGCGGACUUUCGACCUUUUUUUUCACAACUUGAUCGACUUGAUGCAGAAACAGCAGAAACAACCACUGAAAUUUGUCAUCCAUUCCAAGCUCGAACAGUUGGGUGGAGAUGAAUCAGCAGCAGUAGAGGAAAUCGACAAUAAGCCGUCUGCCAUCGCGGAAGAUUCACCCGAAUCAAACAAAGCUUCUACAUCUAUACCCGAUAAUUCCGUCGACAAUGACAAGAAGCGAAAACGCAAUGAACGAGAUGCCAUACCAAUGGCAACCAAGAAGAUACAUACACAUAUGAAGAAAUGGAAUGAAAAACAGGCAGAGCUUGCAAACGUAGCAGAGAGCGAAGACAGUAACCAAGAAGAAUUUUCUGACUUAUCUCGUAUGGCAUGUUUGCUGUGCCAAAGAAAAUUCAAGAGCGAAAAGGAACUGCGGCGGCACGAAAGCCUCUCUGAACUACACAAAACUAAUCUCGGCAAUCAAGAUUGCGUUGAAAAAGCUCGUAAAAAGCUCAUUCUCAUCGCUACUCGAGCGUCACCAGAAAAGCAAGCUGAAGAGACUGAGGAUAAUCAAUCCUCAUAUCGUAACAGAGCAGCGGAACGAAGGAUGGCAUUUGGUCAGCCAGAUCGUCCUUUACCUCUCGAUGAUGAGGCUACAUCCUUCAGUCAUCGACCACCUCGACAACAUAAACCUGCUCCAGGAUCACGGCCUGUUGAAGCUGCUUCUGUCUCAAACCCCAUGUCUGAAUCCAAUGUCGGUGCUCGUAUGCUGAAGAGCAUGGGUUGGAAAAGCGGCGAAGGUCUAGGAAAGGAGGGUACUGGUAUCGUUGCCCCUGUGAUGGCGGAAUCUUAUGUCAAAGGUGCUGGUUUAGGCACGUUUGGAGGAAGACAGGAUAUGGAAGAGUUGGGAGCUAACACCUCAUACAAAGACCGCGCAAAGUACAUGGCUCGCAAGCGGUAUGAAAAUAGCUAAGCUUAUUAUAUUCCAGACAGGUAUUACCUGUAAUAAAGCAUUUUUUAUACCAAUUUCUUAACAUCU